AUGGCUGUAACUGGCUCUGGCGAUCACACUCUGGCCCUGUGGGACGUGAACGAAGAGGUGCCAGAAGACAAGGCACUUGAGAGCUUCUUUCGAGGCCACAAAGACUGGGUGACGUCCGUCGACGUGGACUGGGAUGGCAGGCGGAUACUUUCCGGGGCAGCUGACGGAGAGGUGCGCAUCUGGGAUUUCGAUUCGGAGGAGUCUGUGGCCACCCUCUCGGACCACACAGGAGCUGUGUGCUCCGUUGCUGCUGCGUGGGACCUUCAGCGCGCGAUCUCUGUCGGACAGGAUCAGAUCGUGAGGAACUGGGAUUUGGAGACCGGCCGCUGCAUCUCGCGACUGGAGGGUCACACUGGCGCAGUGUGGUGCUGCAGCCUGGACCCCGAUGGCAACAAGGCCGUGACUGGUGCUUUCGACCGUCACCUGAUGGUCUGGGAUUUGAGAAUGCAGUCUUGUGUCAGGGCCAUGUUACAACACGGCCGUCAAGUUGUUGACCUACGCGUGGAUUGGCCGACGUUUCAGGGCAUGAGCUGCUCCGCAGACCGCAGCAUCAUUCUCUGGGACCUCGAGGUGGCCGAGCCUUUGCAAAGGUUCGACAAGCAUCCUGGCAGCGUGUGGUGCUUGGAUGUGGACUGGGCUGGGCGGAGAAUGGUCACAGGAGCGGGGCCUGGAGACAACUCGAUCUUCGUUUGGGACUUCCGAGAUGGCUUUGUGGAGCGCCAGAUCCUGGGACAUGAGGGAAGUGUUUGGGCGCUGGCGGUUGACUGGGAAGUUGCCCACAAGGCGUUUGAGACGGCCCAAGGCGUGGGCCUCCAGACAGAGGCCGGCAUUGAGCCUCCAGACUCGAAUGUGCCAAGCAAGGAAGAGAUGCAGAGUGGAGGGGAGUCGCCUGACGGCAAGUCACACAAGGGAAAGAGAAGGAAAAAGUGGGUCAAGCGCCGGGUGAAGACCACCGAGUGA